CGGAUGUUCUAGGUGCAAAAAUUUUCAUACGUUCUUGUCGUAUUCGUGUGGACGGACAUUUGGUUGGACGCAUAUAUAGGCAUGUUGAACGAACUCGUUUCCCUCACGUCGCACCUCUGAACUUCGUCUUCACCCUGCAGAGUCAAUCGACAGCAAUCAUAUUCGUUCACCAUGAGCCUCACGGUUGAAGCACCGCAGCUGACGGCUACCGUUAGACGCGUCCCACCCAUAGUAGACAUUGAAAAGAGUGGUCAUUCCGACAUCACGCCUUCUGAGAGCAGUGGCGUGCGAGAGGACCACGGGUCCGAAGACUUCCAACAAGGCGUCGAGCGCGUGCGCGCAAUCACAGCCAUAUGGAGCAAAACCACACUCAUCAGCAUGUUCAUCCUACUGUAUCUCAUCCACUUCAUCGACAUGUUUCAGAAUUACGUCGAUUCGGCUCUUAACCCCUACAUAACAUCAUCCUUUGAUAAGCACGGGCUGCUCAACGUUGGUAACGUUAUAUCUACCGCGUUAGGGGGUUGCAUUCCUCUUGCAACAGCCAAAGCUAUCGAUAUUUGGGGGCGGGUAGAGGGUUUUGUGUUCAUGCUUGUUGUCUCUGUCGUCGGCAUGAUCAUGAAAGCCGUCUGCCAAAACAUGGAGACAUACAUCGCAGCUCAUGUACUGUACUGGACUGGUCAUAUCGGGGUUAUCUACGUGGUCGAUGUUAUGUGCGCCGACAUGACAUCACUGAAGAAUCGUAUGAUAAUCUUCGGGAUCAUGGGGACCCCCCGUAUUGUCGCUACUUUUACUGCACCCCGCGUGGCGGCAGCCUUUUUAAGAUACGUCAACUUCCGAUGGGCAUUUGGUGCUUUCGCGAUUAUAUUGGUUGUUUGCAGUCUACCAGCUAUGGGAGUCAUGGUAUUCAUGUACCGUAAAGCUCGCCGAGCUGGUUUAGCCCGAAGAGAACGGUCGGGCCGCAACGUGUUGCAAUCGCUUGCAUUCUACUUCGUGGAGUUCGACAUCUUUGGAAUCCUGCUUCUUAUGUUCGCGUUCUGCCUAUUCAUGCUCCCAUUCACUCUCACAAACUAUGCGCCUAAUGGAUGGAAAACCGGCUACAUCAUCGCAAUGAUCGUGCAGGGCGUCCUCUUAUUUCCCACCUUCGUCGUAUAUGAGCGUUACGUGGCACCGGUCCCAUUCCUGCCAUGGAUGUACCUCAAGGAUCCCACCAUCGUCGGCUCUUGCGUCCUGUACGGAGUCAUGUUCCUGUCGGUAUUUUGCUGGAAUGGGUAUUAUGGUACAUACUUACAAGUUGUCCAUCGUCUGUCUAUCGAGAACGCAAAUUACGUCCUCAAUUCCUUCUCGCUCACCUCAUCGGUAUUUGGGCCCCUCAUCGGAUGGCUUAUCAGUGGCACUGGUAACUUCAAAUGGAUUGCAAUGACUGGUGUCCCGAUCACUCUCCUAGGUACCGGAUUGCUUAUUCCGUUGCGUUCGCCAAGUACAAACCCCGGUGUUCUCGCUUUCAUGCAGAUACUCGUUGGUCUUGGGACGGGGAUAUUCGCGACGUGCGGUCAACUAGCUGUUAUGGCGCCUGUAACCCACCAGCAGAUUGCCGUGGUCAACGCGCUCUGGGGACUUUUUGGAGGCUUUGGCUCUUCGAUCGGGUUUUCCAUUUCAGGCGCCCUCUGGACCAGUAUACUUCCGAAGCAGCUACAUAAACGCUUGCCCGAAGACUCCAAGAAUCGGACUAUGGAGAUUUUCGGUGAUAUUUUAGUGCAGAUGAGCUUUGCUGAUGGGACGCCUGAGCGCGAUGCUGUUGUAGGUGCCUUUGCGCAUACUGAGCGUCUCAUGGUCAUUGCUGGUACCUGCUUUAUUCCGCUAUGUAUCGCAUCUAUCUGGUUUUGGAAGAACAUAAAUGUUAGGAAGGUAGAAGAGGAGACCGGUAAGCAGACGAAAGGGAUGGUUUUCUAGAUAAUAUACCCGUAUUAGGUUCCUCUCCACUAGUAUAC